CUCCCUUUCUGUCUCCCUCACAACUCACUCCGGCCUCCAGAUAUUGCAGAGCGACCUCCAAGUCCAGCGGGUAACCCAGCUUCUCAGUUCUCACUAGCUAGCCAGGCAGAGCUAGCCACCGGUGGACACACAGACGAGACGCUAGCUUGGUCCUCGAGCUUUGCCUCCGAUCCUGCUGCGAGAAGUGCUGCUUGUCCCGGCCCGCGGCGACGUACGACGAGCGACAGAGAGCGAGGAUGUCGAGCCGGAGGUCGUCGCGUGGCAACAUCUCCGAGGAUGAGAUCAACGAGCUCAUCUCCAAGCUCCAGGCCUUGCUCCCCAGCUCCCGCCGCCGCGGCUCCGGCCAGGCGUCGACGACGAAGCUGCUCAAGGAGACCUGCAGCUACAUCAAGAGCCUCCACCGGGAGGUGGACGACCUGAGCGACCGGCUCUCGGACCUCAUGUCCACCAUGGACCACAACAGCCCAGGCGCGGAGAUCAUCCGCAGCAUCCUUCGCUCCUGAUCGCCUUUCUUCGUGCUGCUCGCCGGCCGGCCGUGAGAGCGAGGAGGUCAACGGCGACCGCGGGCCAUUCUCCGGCCGGCCACGUGCGGGCCGGGAGCUCAGCUCAAUUAGCUAGGGUAUAUAUAUCUCCAUAUAUGUGUAUCUUUCUCUUGCUUCCUUUUUACUACCUGUCUCCCUAGAUCUGAGAUCAUGUGGCUAGCUCCAUAUCAAAAUGUACUAGCUGCACACACGCGUGUGAUGAUCUCUGCUAAGCUUCACUGGGUAGGGCACUAGCGCUAGGGCCUAAGCAAGCUUAUCCUCCUCACUUUAGCUCGCACUCGAUUCUCGUCGAUCUCCUCCACGCUUCGUCGUCGCACUCCACGGCUCCAUGUGAUCUCUCUGUGUCCUCCUCACCGCACCGCCUCCACCUCUCCUCUUUUGAUGUUCCCCUUGCUGUAUUUGUUAUCUCUGUAAAUUUAGUCGGUGGCUUGGAUCGAGUUGGCUAGCUCUCUCUACAGACAACCGACCGACCACUACUACCUAGAGCAAAUUGAUUAUCAUCAUCAUGGUGUCCUGCUCCAGCUUUUAACGGCUUUAAUUACGUGC